AUGGCUGACCCCGGCAGCGACGGAGAGGUGGCGGAGGGCGCGCGAGGCUUCGCCCGCCAGGGCGCCCUCCGCCAGAAGAACGUCCACGAGGUGAAGAACCACAAGUUCAUAGCGCGGUUCUUCAAGCAGCCCACCUUCUGCAGCCACUGCACCGACUUUAUAUGGGGCUUCGGCAAGCAGGGAUUCCAGUGCCAAGUGUGUUGUUUUGUGGUCCACAAGCGCUGUCAUGAAUUUGUCACCUUUUCCUGUCCGGGUGCCGACAAAGGGCCCUCCUCCGACGAUCCUCGUAGUAAACACAAAUUCAAGGUGCACACGUACUCCAGCCCGACCUUCUGUGACCACUGUGGCUCCCUCCUCUACGGCCUGAUACACCAGGGCAUGAAAUGCGACCAUUGCAUGCUUAACAUCCACAAGCGCUGCGUGGCUAACGUGCCUAGCUUGUGCGGGACGGAUCACACCGAGAGGAGAGGCCGCAUACAGAUCUCAGCUCGGAUCGCCGAGGACACGCUGACCGUCACCAUCAAAGAGGCCAAGAAUUUGGUCCCAAUGGAUCCCAACGGCUUGUCGGACCCUUACGUAAAACUCAAGCUGAUCCCUGACCCAAAGAGUGAAAGCAAACAAAAGACCAAGACCAUGAAAUGCUGUCUAAACCCAACCUGGAACGAGACUUUCACUUUCCACCUGAAAGAAAGUGACAAGGAUCGUCGUCUUUCUGUGGAAAUCUGGGAUUGGGACUUAACCAGCAGGAACGAUUUCAUGGGUUCUCUGUCCUUUGGGAUCUCAGAGCUGCAGAAACAAGGGAUAGAUGGAUGGUUUAAGCUUCUGUCCCAGGAGGAAGGAGAGUAUUUUAAUGUUCCCGUCCAGCCAGAUGGUGAAGAUGGCAAUGAGGAGCUUCGACAAAAGUUUGAAAGAGCAAAAGUGGGCCCGGGGAAACCAUCUGAUUCCUCUUCCUCGUCUUCUGUCAGCAAAUACGACAGCAACGGCAACCAGGACCGUAUCAAGCUUUCUGACUUUAACUUCAUCAUGGUUCUGGGAAAGGGCAGCUUUGGCAAGGUGAUGCUGGCUGAGAGGAAAGGUACCGACGAGUUGUACGCUGUGAAAAUCUUGAAGAAAGACGUGGUGAUCCAGGACGACGAUGUGGAGUGCACCAUGGUGGAGAAGCGGGUCCUUGCACUUUCGGGGAAACCCCCUUUCCUAACACAGCUGCAUUCCUGCUUCCAAACUACGGACCGACUGUAUUUUGUGAUGGAGUACAUUAACGGAGGGGACCUGAUGUAUCAAAUCCAACAGGUCGGGAAGUUUAAGGAACCUCAUGCAGUGUUCUAUGCAGCCGAGAUCGCCACUGGCCUCUUCUUCCUCCACUCCAAAGGGAUUGUGUAUCGGGAUCUGAAGCUGGACAAUGUGAUGCUAGACUCGGAAGGCCACAUAAAAAUUGCCGACUUUGGCAUGUGCAAAGAGAAUAUGUUGGACGGCGUUACCACCAAGACAUUUUGUGGGACACCAGAUUACAUUGCACCUGAGAUCAUAGCCUACCAGCCUUAUGGGAAGUCUGUAGACUGGUGGGCCUUUGGAGUACUGCUAUAUGAAAUGCUUGCAGGGCAGCCGCCUUUUGACGGCGAGGAUGAAGACGAGUUGUUCCAGUCCAUCAUGGAGCAUCACGUCUCGUACCCGAAAUCAAUGUCCAAAGAAGCUGUCGCCAUCUGCAAGGGGCUUAUGACCAAACACCCGGGCAAGCGUCUUGGCUGCGGUCCCGAGGGCGAGCGGGACAUCAAGGAGCACGCCUUCUUCCGCUACAUCGACUGGGAAAAACUGGAGAACAAAGAGGUCCAGCCGCCAUUCAAGCCUAAAUCUAAAUCCCGCCGCGACGUGGGCAACUUCGACAAGGAGUUCACCAAGAUGGCUGUGGAACUGACGCCGACGGACAAACUCUUCAUCAUGAAUCUGGACCAGAACGAAUUCCAAGGCUUCUCCUUCACCAACCCCGAGUUUGUUAUACAAAUCUAA